UCACAACAACUCAAACAAACCCCUAAACAUCAUUACAGCACUUCUCUCCUCCUUCACACAUAUAUCCAUUCUGAAACUGUGAAAAACUAACUCAAACAACUUAAAGAACCAUUAUUACUUCAUCAGCCAAAAUGCCGAGAAAAGGAAUGAGAAGCAUUUUCUUCAAACCAUCAACUUCCACCUCAUCGCUACCACCAUCUCCUUCCCCUCAACGCACUUUCUCAGACUCCUUAAUGGACGAAAACAUAGAAACCGCAGAGAAGCUAAUAACCAAAUGGGACGAUUCCAAAGUCCCGACGACAACCGCGCUUUUCAGCGGCACCCGCCAGGAAGCCAAACAAUACCUAAACGCGGUGAAGGGACUACAGUCCGCUAUGCAGUACCUCGUCGCACAGGAUUCCACCUCCAGCACCCUCGUGCGCGCGCAGCUCCUCAUGCAACUCGCCAUGAAGACGCUCCAGAAAGAGUUCUACCAGAUUCUAUCCUCCAACAGGGAACACUUGGACCCCGAAACCGUCACCACGCGCUCCUCCGUCGACCUCCGCAGCGUCUCCGAUUACGUCUCCGAUUACGACGACGAAAUCUCAAUCACCGAGGACGAGUUCCGCGUCUCCGAGACCGAGCGAGUUUCCAUGCUCGCCAUGGAGGAUUUGAAAGCCAUAGCCGAAUCCAUGAUUUCCUCCGGCUACGGCAAGGAGUGCGUCAAGGUUUACAUCAUCAUGAGAAAAUCGAUCGUCGACGAAGCGCUGUACCAUCUCGGAGUGGAAAAAUUGAGCCUCUCUCAGGUUCAGAAACUGGAUUGGGAGGUUCUCGAGUUGAAGAUCAAGAGCUGGUUACAGGUAGUUAAAGUCGCCGUCGGAACUCUGUUCCACGGCGAAAGGAUCCUCUGCGAUCACGUCUUCGCCUCGGAUUCGGGGAAGAGAAUCGCGGAAUCAUGUUUCGCGGAAAUAACCAAAGACGGCGCCGUAUCGCUGUUUGGAUUCCCGGAAAUGGUGGCGAAAUGCAAGAAAACGCCGGAGAAAAUGUUCAGGAUUUUGGAUUUGUAUGAAGCGAUCUCCGAUUACUUGCCUCAGAUCGAAUCCAUAUUCUCCUUCGAGUCAACGUCUAACAUUCGCUCACAGGCCGUUACGUCGAUGGUGAAACUCGGCGACGCCGUUAGAACGAUGCUAACGGACUUGGAAACCGCGAUUCAGAAGGAGUCCUCGAAGAAACCAGUCCCUGGCGGUGGAGUCCACCCUCUCACGCGCUACGUGAUGAACUACCUCACUUUCCUCGCCGAUUACAGCGGCGUGCUGGUCGAUAUAAUCGCCGAUUUGCCGCAAUCUCCGUUGCCGGAGUCUUACUACCGCAGCCCGAUGCGCGAGGAAAACCCGCCGGCUUCGGAGCUAUCGGAGCGAAUCGCGUGGAUCAUACUCGUGGUGCUCUGCAAGCUCGACGGCAAAGCGGAACUCUACAAGGACGUGGCGCAUUCUUACCUGUUCCUCGCGAAUAACAUGCAAUACGUCGUCGUAAAGGUGCGCAAGUCGAACCUAGGGUUUCUUCUCGGCGAGGAGUGGUUGGACAAGCAUAAGUUGAAGGUUAGAGAGUACGCGUCCAAGUACGAGCGAGUCGGGUGGAGCGCGGUGUUUUCUGCGUUGCCGGAAAAUCCCGCGGCGGAGUUGACGGCGGAGCAGGCCAGGGCGUGCUUCGUGAGGUUCGACGCUGCGUUUCAUGAAGCGUGUAGAAAACAGGCCUCGUGGUUCGUAUCCGACCCGAAAUUUCGUGAUGAAAUCAAAGGGUCGAUAGCUUCGAAGCUGGUGCAAAAGUACAGCGAGUUCUACGAGAAGAAUCGGGUCGGGUCGGAAUCCGUUAGGGGUUUUUUACCCGACGAUAUAGGGAAAUACCUGUCUAACAUUUUGUGUAAUGGAGAUUCGGGCAGUGUCUCGUCACACUCUUCGUCAACGACGUCGUCUUCCCAUCGCUCUAAUCGACGGUGAAGUUGGAGAUGUCGCCGAUAAUUGAUGGCGUCAUAUUCCCCCGAUUUUUAUUUUUAUUUUCAUUUUCAUUUGUAGAUUUAAAUUAAAGUUCUAGAAAUUGUCCUGAGUGAGUAGAAUGAGGACAAGAAUACAACAUAGAGAAUAUUCGUACGUGUAACGCGUUUAAUUAUUGUAUAUUACAAUUUUUUGGUGUUUCAAUU